GUAUGACAAUGAUUAUUUGUGUAAUAAAAUUCAAAAAGCUGCAAAUAAUAAUUUGGAUUGCGAUACAGAUGAAUGGACGACUGUACAUAUUGUCGCGACUACAGAAUUCUGUCGUCAACAGUGUAUUGCUAACAAUACCAUGCAGCAGAAUUAG